GGGACAGUGCCCCGCUGGAGCUGUGCUGAGGGGACAGUGCUCCACUGGAGCGGCGCUGAGGGGGCAGUGCUGCACAGGGGAGGUGCUGAGGGGACAGUGCCCCACUGGAGCGGUGCUGAGGGGACAGUGUCUCGCAGGAGCGAUGCUGAGGGGACAGUGCUCCAUUGGAGCGGCGCUGAGGGGACAGUGCUCCAUUGGAGCGGCGCUGAGGGGGCAGUGCUGCACAGGAGAGGUGCUGAGGGGACAGUGUCCUGUAGGACUGCUGCUGGGGAGCGGCUCGCGGGACACCCAGGCAGCGGGCGCAGGGGCCUUUGGUGAGGCGGGAGCCCAAGUGGGCCCAGGGUGAGGGCUGGCAUUGAGUGACCUGUGCCCCUGAGCCUCCCCUCUGUGCUGAGGAGUGUGGAAGUGGGAAAUAGCAUUGCGAGCUUUACUUUGUCCUUCGAGUGUAUUCAGUUUCCUGCUGUGGAAGGAUUUGCUUUCUGCAAACCUUGUUUGUGAAUUCAGUGCUGAGCAAUUGCAAAUUGUGAAUUCUUUUGGAAGAUUUCAGGCGCAUUAACUGUGUUACGUCUCUGCUGUGACUGGGGUCUGCUUGGUCCAGUCCAGCAGUCCCACUGAAGUGGGAACAUCCUGGCAUGCCAGUAAUGUUUCAGUUACUGAUUUGUGGAACUCCAAUAUAUGUUGACAUACAUUGUCUUGUUAUACAGCAUUAAAUCAAAAUGUCAUCAUCAUCACGGGCAUCCUUGUCUUUACCUGUACAUGACUGUUCUGCUCCUUCCUUGGACUUUGAUCUUCAGGAAAAGUUUAUUCUUCACACUGUUGAGGGAAAAACACGUGUGCCACCAGGAGAAACAGGAAAACUGUGUUCACUGAUUCAGCCAGAUAAAAAGGAUUGUCACAGAACUACACAAGCCAUCCAAGAUGGGAAGUGUUUUACUGAUCUGAGCAAAGAAUCUGACAAUCUAGAACACCAAUUAAACAGUAAAAAUAUUGACACUUUGAUGCAGGAGCUAAGUGAAAGUGAAAUUCAGAAUACUAAUCUCAGGAAAAAAAUACUUGAAAGGGAGAAACAGAUUAAAGAACUUUCAUCCAUGCUCCAGUGUGAAAAAAUCAAGAUACAGAGACAGGACCACCUGUCAAAAUCAGUAAAGGAAGUACAAGCUCACCUGCAGCGUCAGAUUGAAAGGAAAGAAGCAGAAAAUUAUGAAUUAAAAGUGAAAAUGCAGACUCUAAAAAAUAAAAUAGCAGAGUGGAAACAUCAAAUUGGUGAAUACAAGUGCCAGAAGUUAGCCUUAAAGGAAACAAGUGAGCAAAAGAAGAUAGCUCUGGAAAAAGCAAUAAGAUCCCAGAAACAAAGAGCUCAACUCUUAGAAGAAACUGUGAAAGAUGUAACCUCUAAAAUAAAAGAACAUGAAGUCAAACUGGGUGAGAUACUGUCAGCUUCUGAUGUCUGGAAAAACCAGCAUGAUAGAAUAGUUGAAGAAAAGACAAUGUUAGAAGUUCAAAUAGAAGGUCUUGAGAAUCAGAUCCAAGGCCUGAUGGAAGAUGUAGAAAGAAGGGAGAAAUGGAGAAGAAACUCAGAAGAGGAAAUUCUUGGAAAGCUAAAUUCUGUUAACUCUGAAAAUGAAAAUAUUUACCUUGAAAACAAAAAAUUAAAGGCUUCCCUUGCUACAUUGGAGAAAAGUACAGUAUCUGUUGAAUAUGAGUUGCUUCAUCUGCAAGAAAAAGCAAAGCUACAGGAAAACCUUGUAGAACACAGUAAAAAUGAGGUACAAAAAAGGCAAAUUGCUGUGGAAGAAUUGAAAUCCAGAUAUGAAACAGUCUUAAAUGAAAACACAAAAAUAACAGAAAACAAAUGCUUAGAAGCAGAUAAGGUGAGGCACAAAAUGGAGGCUGAGUUAAAGGAGUUAGAACAUGUUUGUGACUUGCUGAAAGCAACUGAGGAAAACCAGCAAAAACUUCUGGCCUGGGAAAGGAUCUGUGCACAGAAAUGCAAAACCCUCAGGGAGCUGGAGCUUCAGCAUAACCACAGUGUAACUUCUAUGGGCAGUCUUUGCUUAGAAGAAGAGAUCUGUAACAUUCAGAAGAAAUAUGGAGAUCUUCAAAGGCAAUUAGGACAGGUGGAAUAUCAGAAUGAAGAACUUGCUUACCAGCUCAGGAAAGAAGAUGAGAGUCUUCUGAGCAGUAAAUUGCAGCUUGAAGAGAAAAUUGCAGAAUAUAAUGCAUUGACCAGACAACUUGAAUCUGCUUUGGAAGAAGGGAGAAAAAGGGUAGCUGAAGAAUGGGAAAAAAUGUCAUACAGAGAACAAGCCUUUCAGACAAAACUGAUGCUUCUUGAAGCUGAAGUGAGAAAGAGGCAAGAAGAAAAAAAGCAACUCCUCUGCUUAUUUCACCAUAAUGAAAAGCAUCAUGAAGUACAUCUGAAAGAGCUGGAGAACCACCUACAGAAGUCAGUGAUCAAGAACCAGAGCAUCCAGAAUUAUGUGCAGUUUUUGAAAGAUGCAUAUGUUACAAUGUUUGGCUGAAUUCUUUAAUCUAUUUUAUAGUAGAGAAACUUGUCAGGAUUGGGCUCCCAGUCUUGUUGAAGACAAAGCCAUUGAGGCCUUACAUUAUUUUGACAGAUUAAAUUUUUUGAUGUUAAUUCUUCCCUGGGAAGACAUCUGUUGUGGGCAGGAGCAGCAGGUGAGGCGUUGCUAUGUGCCAGGGGCUGGGCACACGUGGGGAAUGGGGCUGGUGUUGCUGCAGAACCCUUUGUGCUCCCCAGGGCACAGCAGGGCAAGGCUGAGUGCACGGCUGCAGCAGCAGGUGUGUGUGUGUGGGGUGUGCACACAAUGUCUGUCAAUGUCCUGGCCUGUAAAAUCUUACCUGAGUCCUUUUAGUCCAUGGUAAAUGCAAAUGACCACAGAUUAGCUUUCAAUUCAAUGAUAUCUUACCUAUUAAAACAGACAAAAAUUGAGAUCAUUAGGUUCCUUCCCUUUUUUCCCCUGCAGUUUAGUCCCAGUGUAGUCCUACACUACAUGGAAGAGUUGCCACCACAAGGCUGUCCCAUCCAGCCACUUUUCUCUACAUCUCAUCAUUAUGCUCAGGAAUGUACUAUAGUAGCAUUUUAUAAAUAUAAGUAGGAAAAAAUUUUAGAUACAGGUAUAGUUUAAGCUCUGGAUGUGCUGAUAUACCCUGGUGACACAGCUCCAGUGAGAUAUUUAAGUAUUUGUCUGAAUUCAAGAGCUGCUGUUCAUAAGACUGACCUGUGCCUCAAGUAAAACAUGUAAAUAUUCAGCUGAUACAGGAUUAAUAUAAGAAGCAAUUCUUGAUCUAAUUUCAGUUCUAAAUUCUAAUUAGUUUUGUUGACAUAUGCUAUGAUUUGUUUUUCAAAAAUAGUACCUUCAGUUAAAUAUAUGUGAUUUAUUAUGUGUACUUAAAUAAUAUAUGUUUUUUGACCAAAACCUUAAGUUUGUUUAUGCAUAGGCAAUACCUAUUCUAUUUCAUUGUUAGUUGUUACUAAUGUGUUGAAUACAGACCUUUUUUUUUGCAAAUGCUUAUCCAUCUUAACAAAUACUGAUGUGUGCUAAUGAUCUGUUUCUGUGCACUUUUUAAAAAUAAAAUUUCCAUUUAUUCUAUAUGA